UUCGAGCCAACGAGCCGUCGAGUAACGCCAUGUUUAUACUGUAGGUAGUUUGUCGCGCGGAGUGUUCAGUAUUCGUGUCAUCUAUUAUUUUUCGUGUAAUAAUAUUUGCUUAUUUACCUAUGUAGUGUGACGCGAUCAGUGUACGAUUCGCGCGAACCACGCGUUCUAUUCGAUGCGACGGGUUACGCGGUCUCGCGACGGUGUCGUGCAUGUGUCUCGUCCUGGUCGCGCGUAGACUAACUGCAUCUUCUCACACGCAAUCCACAGCUAGAUGUUCACCUCGCUUCCGCAAAAAUUGUUUACCAGUAGGCUCACGCGAUUAUAGGUAUCUGUGCGAUAGUACAUGAAUCGUGCUACUUAUCCUAAAACCUAAAAUUCGUCUUACGGCACUCGAAUUGCGAUCCAACGAACACACGCUAUGCUACGAUUAGCGUGAGCAUCUGCGUGUUUUAUAACCUGACAACACGAUUGAGUUCUUCGUCCUGUGUAUCUUUAUCAUGUCGCUGUAUCUUUGACGAAACAUUCAGGCGCAAGGUGUUGUGUCUUUUGAAGCGUAUACUUAAUUAAAGGAUAUCAAGAUGUGGCCGACACAAAGUAAUAACUCUAAUGCAAACUCGGCGUCAAAUGAAAAGAACUUACGUACUUUGGGCAUGACAUCCGCUAUCAGUAUAGCUGAGCCCAAACCCCUUGAUAUUUCUAGAACCAACGAAUUGAAAGAGGCCCUUAAACCCUACAAUGUUUUUGAAUCUGAAGAAGAGUUGAAUCAUAGGAUGGAGAUUUUAAGUAAAUUGAACACAUUGGUUAAACAAUGGAUAAGGGAAACAAGUGUAGCCAGAAAUAUGCCACCUAAUGUGGCUGAACAAGUUGGUGGUAAAAUAUACACAUUUGGCUCGUACAGGCUAGGUGUGCAUCACAAAGGUGCUGAUAUUGAUGCACUGUGUGUUGUACCACGCCACAUAUAUAGAUCAGAUUAUUUUACAUCCUUCUUUGAGUUAUUGAAGGUGCAAGAGGAAGUUACAGAUUUAAGAGCAGUGGAAGAAGCCUUUGUACCAGUUAUUAAGAUGAAUUUUGAUGGUAUAGAAAUUGAUAUGUUGUUUGCAAAAUUAACUCUUAAAGAAAUUCCAGAUUCAAUGGAUCUCAGGGAUGACAUGCUUCUCAAAAAUCUUGAUCAAAAGUGCGUCCGAAGUCUUAAUGGUUGUAGAGUAACCGAUGAAAUAUUGCGUUUAGUACCUAAUAUAGAAAAUUUCAGACUAGCUCUUAGAGCAAUAAAAUUAUGGGCGAAACGGCAUGGCAUAUAUAGUAAUGUGUUAGGUUACCUUGGUGGUGUGUCCUGGGCGAUGUUAGUCGCGCGAACAUGUCAGCUUUAUCCCAAUGCUGUGGCUGCUACUUUAAUAGAAAAAUUUUUCCUCGUAUUUUCUCAAUGGAAGUGGCCUCAACCAGUACUUUUAAAACAACCUGAUACUGUCAAUCUAGGAUACCCGGUUUGGGAUCCGAGGGUUAAUAUAUCUGAUAGGUAUCAUUUGAUGCCUAUAAUUACACCAGCGUAUCCUCAACAAAAUUCUACUUUCAACGUGUCCGUGUCGACGAGAACCAUCAUGCAAGAAGCGUUUGAGAACGGACUAUCCAUAACCGAGGAGAUUAUCAUAGGCAAGGCGACAUGGGACAAAUUGUUCGAACCACCAAAUUUCUUUAGCAAAUAUAAGCACUACAUCGUAUUAUUAGCUAGAAGCUCAACCGCGGAAGAUCAGCUGGAAUGGUGUGGUCUCGUCGAAUCGAAAAUACGGCAUUUGAUAGGUACACUGGAAAGAAAUCCUCAUAUUACCUUGGCGCACGUAAAUCCGGAAGCAUUUCCACCAUUGGAUCCAGAACCGGAUAAACAUUGCUCUAUGUGGUUCAUUGGUCUAUUAUUCGCUAAAAGCGAGAAUCUCAAUAUUGACCUCACAUAUGAUAUUAAAUCCUUUGUAGAGACAAUUGAAAGGCAAGCAGAACAAAUAAACAUGUUGAAAGAGGGCAUGUGGAUAGAGGCUAAACAUGUAAAAAGGAAGGAUCUGCAUACUUACGUGUCACCAAGCUUGCUGAAAAAAGAACGAAAGGUUUCCGGUGGCGUGCAUCGGAACGGCAGCAUUGCUGGAAAUGGGAAUAGUGGCAGUGUAUCACCCCGAAAUCCAGGUGAUACAACAAGCAGAAAGCGAUUAUCGGAUCAAGGGAUUGACACUUGUGGGAAGAAACGUGUGCGAGUCAAUGACGUGGAAGAGCAAGUUGAGAACUCAUCGAUAGUAGUACAAUCUUGCGGAGAAGAUAGUAAUUCCGGUUUCAACUUGGAUGAGUACAAACAGAGCCUAUCAACUACUAAAGAUGAAGGACCUACUGGUGCGUCCACGGUAGCGCAGGAGGGAUUCGUGUGCACUUGACCAUUGCAAAAUUACUAUCUCACACCAAUCCAGAGAUGCUCCUCCGGGCCAUCUAGACUGUAAACAUUUCUCACGCAACCAUCUACUGCCCACUGUAAGUCCUUCGUCUCGUUAAUAAAAGCAAAACAACGUCACGCAAUGGAGGAAGUUAUUUCAGACGGAGUCAAUCGAAAAACGACUGUGCGUGUGUGCGUGUGUGCGUAUAUUGAGUGCAUAUGGACACGCUAUAAAUAAUAGUAUUUGUAAGAACAUCGACAGUCAAUGGGAACAAUUACCAGCCAAGAAGCUAACGCGAUUGUGCCAGUGUCUGUGAUGUCUUUUAUAUCACAUUGGGGGUUGUAUAAUAGUCGUUGAGCCGCAUAACCGAAGGAAUUGCUGCCACCGGGAAUUUUAAGUCUAUUGUCGCUUAAAGAAAGAAAACAAAUUAGUAACUAUACUUUUUAUAUAUUUCCUUUUGUACAUACGUUGUUUACGAUGCCUUUUUUAUUGAUAAUUACUUGAACAAAGAACUUAAAGGAAAAUGAGACGCGAUAAUACUUGAUGUAACAUAAUUUUACAUAUCUUACACAUGACGGACAAGAAUAGUUUGGUCGAAAAUUACACGUACGGGGACGUUCGUGCUCGCGAAUGCCUCCGCGUGUUGCAAAAAAAAAGGAAAAAAAGUAAAAAUAUAUUCUUAUAUAAAGUGCAUUUCCGUUUUAAUGCACGCAGCGAAAUAUGGUUCGAGAGUGUGUAUUGUUUAGUUCUUAAGUAGCUCGUAUACUUUAUUACUCGUAUUAAUCACUCAUCGUCGUGAUCUGUCCCCUCCGGGACUCGCAAACAGUGCUGUAUAACGUUAGCGUUUCAACACGCCCUGCUGUUUGCGCAAAAUAUAAACUAUUAUUUACGCGAUACUUAAUAUUGAUAUUAUUUGUAAGGAUUAGGUGCAACCGUAAUAAUAACUACAUUGCAACAAUCAAGAAUCACCGACACUGGCACGAAUCGAGAGUGUGUUUCAUUUGCGAAGUGCAACUCGGUGACAGAUGAAACACCUCUAAUUGGCCAUUGACUAUUUUGUUGCGUGAUUAUGUUGCGUAAAACAGUUUCGUACGGAGCCGCCUUUUAAUUUCUGCUCGGGGACAAAGUUAUAGCUUUAACGAACUAGAACGACUUUCGACGACUGAAACCACCACCUGUCACCAAUCGGUGAGUUUUUUUUUUUUAGGUGUACAAUUGCCCUUGCUCCCACGGCUCUGACCUUUAGUCGCGAUUUCAAUUACCUUUCUUGAUAUUACCGCCUCGAUUCACGUGUUAAAGACAUGUCCGCUAUCGUAAGCUACAAGGUAUUUGAUGUUCACUCGGAUGUUUUUAAAGAAGAAAACUUGCGAAUAUACUGCGUAAUGUAUGUAAAAGUCGGGCACUUGCAAAGUAAAACACUUACUAGGUCACACGCUUUUUUUCAGUUCGUCAAGUCUUUAUUGAGAGAUGCGUAUAUCGUCUCGCCUACGAUUAAUUUAGAUGGGAUUAGUUUUCACCAACCUGAGAGCGUUUUCGCAGGCAACACUACAGAAGUCGCGAUUCGAUGAUGAUUAUCGUUGAAACGAAUAUAGUUUUGCACGACGCGCAAUUUAACAGCUGCGUGUUGAUCUUCAAGUGUGCGACAUGAAACUUUCAGCCGCGUCCUAACGCUUUGUAAGUGCUGUGAUUUCAUGUACAGUGAUUACAAAUCAUUCCGUUACUUAUGUACAUAUUCGUAAGUGUGCUGAAACGACAAGCUGCUCCCUUUCAUGUUCUCCAUUUUGUCGAGUCAUUUUAUUUAUUGAUCAGCACCUGUAUAUCCUUACCGAUGUAAUUAUCGGCACAGGUACAUAUCGCUGCACAGCAGCGCAAGAUACAGGUCCCCGAGAAUUUCGUAUUUGCCCUCGUACACUUAUAAACAGCAACGGUGCCUUGCUUCCGCGUCACUUUUUCGUAGAUUCGCGAUCACUUCACGUUCUAAUCUACGACAAAAAUAUCUGUACAUAUAUGGUAGCGUGCAAGGACUGGAUGCGUCCGUGAUUCGAUCGUGAACUCUUACCUUUCACAAGUAUCGACGUCAGCAUGACGCGACAGUGACGCAACACCACUAUGUUUUUUCUCAAUAAUUAUUCGCGAAACUGAAUUAUUAUUCCAUGAAACCGGUAAAAUGUCCGUAGAUUUAUUAUGCAGUGAUCGGCAUUGUAAGUGUCCCACAUAGAUUUCAUUAGUGUGAGGGGAGAAGGGGAAGAGAGGAUUAUAUUCCUAUAAACCUCUUUAAUAAUUAUUUUCCCCCUCCCUUUAUCUCUCUCGCGCGCACUCUUAUAUUUUCCAUCAAUAGUAAAAAACCGAAGUUUGAUCCGAAACUCGCAGCUGAAAUUUAAUCUACAAUUUGUGUGAAAAUAACCAUUUCGUUCCGAGCAAGAGACCAUAUAUAAAACGAAAUUAUGUAUUAUCGUCUCAUUUUUGUCUUCUCAUACUUAUACGCGAAGAUAUCAUAACUUUAGAAUAGCGUUCUUUUUUGUUCAGCCGCAGAACAUCCUCCUGAAAUCACAUUUUAUAAGAAAAUAUAUUUGUUUUCCUUAUCGCGAAACUUCAAUAUAUACAUACGUUGCAAUACUUGCAGAAAAACAUUUCCAAAAUUAUAUAUACCGUUUGUUAUAUCAGUCCGUAGAUUUAUUCGAGAAUAUUGUACAGAAUGAUUAUAUAAAUAAUGCAAAAUGUGAGAAAUUAUUAUACAAGUAAUAUAAGUAAGGCUCGAAUUUCCAUGAAUAUAUCACGAAAUGUAUCGUAUAUUUUAUUUCACAAACGUUUUAACAUUUCUUAGAAAAGAAAAGGAAGAAAAAUGUACUCAGUUUAAAUUAUUUUCCAUUAAACAUAAUUUGGCAAUUGUUGCUGGCAAGAUACUCGUAACUUGCAUAAUUUCUUCUAACUUCUCGUCACACUGUUCUCAGGAUUUGUUAGGAUAAAUAUAUUUCGUGUGAAACGCAAAUAUUUAGAAACAAAACUCACUAUCGGAAAAGUCAUUAUUUUCGCACAUACGUAUAACUUCAUCGUUAUUUAAAAAAAAUAGCACGUGUUGAUAUACAAGUUCCUUAAAUUGAUUAUGCUUCUUAAAUUGAUGGCUGAGGAUCUCUAUUUGACGAUAAGAAGAACGUGUCAUGUUGACUGUCUCCGUAAACUUUGACAUUUAUCUAUUUUGUUAUUCGUUCUUUGGCUGCGUUCCGAUAUUCAGCCAGUAUUAAAAAUUCUGCCAGUAUUAAAAAUCUCUAGUAACAUGAACUAUAGAUUUUCAAUACUGACAGUGAAUGUCGGAACGCAGCUUUUGUAAUCAGUUUAUAUUGUACUGCAUUUAUACAUAUACAUAUAAUUACAGAAUUAACAAAAGUGGAAACGUAUAAUCUGUGUUUUUAGUAUGGAAUGAUUAAAUAUCUCGCAGCGUAUAAAUCACUGUGCAAUACUUUUUUUUGGGGGGGGGGGCAUCUUUUAGUUAGGGAAUGAUAUGGGUUAGUCGAGGACCUCGCAGGAUGACAUAAUUUCGAAUGACAUUAUGAGAUAAAAUGCAUAAAAUAAAAUGUCAACGCUAUUACGAAGAAUACGUGUAUAUUUGUUUUGUAAAAUAAGCGUUAACGUUUCUUAAUACAUUUUUCACUCGUACCGAGUGUUUGUGUUAAGCAUGAUCACUACAUCGCCCGUGUCACUAAGAUCGUUUUAUAUCGGGUGAUCCUCGAUCAUCUUAAACAAAUGCCAUGACAUUCGGAUCUGCCGAUUUCCUGAGAUUUCGUUUCUUUCGUUUGCAUGCAAUAGUAUAUACAUCUCUGCCACCUGUUAAUCACAUAAAUCCUGUUAAUCACAUAAAUUCCCAACGAUAUACAAUACAGUCGAUACACAAGAAAAAUCGAUUAUUCACGAAAAACCAGACAAGUUAUAAUUUGCCAAAAGUUGAAAUAUGUUCAUAUACGAUUUAUAUCUGUAAUGUUAUUACACAUGCUUCUCCAUACACAUGUGUGUGUGUGUGUAUAUAUAUAUAAAUUCGUAUAUACAUAUUCAAAUUGCCACAUUCUUUAAAUGAACAUGUAAUUUUCCGAGCUCCCUUUAUAUUUCUAUGGAGCUCUGAAAAUUCGUAUUUCUCAACUUAUUCGGUUUUUCGUGAAACUGUAAUCGCCGUUUCCGUCGUGCAUCGACUAUACCGCUCAUCAUUUGCAUAAUAAUAGGUUUUAAGCUUGGGAAAUUGUACAUUGCACACAUACAACUGAAACGAGAAUUGAAUGCGAACGAGAAUAAGAAUGAGGAUCGUUGUCCACGAUCGUUAGCCGGGAAUUGCCAUCAGGGAUCGCGAGCAGUGAACAUCAAUAUUAUCCUUGUAUACGUCGAGCCUUAUCGACGUUCCCUCUCGUUCAGCUUCGAGGCUGUGGCGUGUUCAAUUCAUAAUUUCUCUCGGAAACAACCAUAGACAUGUCUGUAGCACAUCCUCUGAAUUUUCGCGUAGCCUCUUCCGUCCUGAAAACCACCACCGUUGGCUGACGUGGUUGUCGCGAUUUCAAUUUAUAGGGCAAGGAACUAACGCGAAAACGGGCAUACUAUCUCAUCUCCGCAAUCUUAUCCUUUUGUUGCGUAUGAAGAGAAACACCGGAGGAGAGGAGGGGAGAGAAGGGGAUACGAAACGGAGUGAGAGAGAGAUGCGGUUUAAAGGAAAAACCGAGAGCGCGGAGAGAGAUUUAUCUCGUGAGAGAAGCACGUGAUCCGCGCGCCCGGGAAAACCCGUAACGGAUCGCUCAGGAUCCCACGUCUUAUAUCACGGAUGUCGAAACUUCGCUGUAAGAAUUCUUGCAGAUUUUACCGUAUACACACGAUGUGUCUCCUUCGUACCUCGAGCCUCCUGUACAUAAAUAUUUAUUCUGUUGCCGCGUCCGCAUCGAGAGUUCCGGUCCUGAAUUCGUCCCUUCGGGACAGACGCUUGGAAUUUCACAGAAACGCCGAAUCACGUUGGAACUUUCUCUGAUCCUGCGAUGAGAAAUCAAGCGGGGAGAUUAAUACUCUCAAUCGGCUGGAAACACGUGUGGGAAAAGCCCCAUGUUAUACGGGAACGAUCGCGCGCGUGUCCUCGCGAAUCGGUCUCGGCUGCUUGCUGAGAUCGUAAGAGAGAGAGAGAGAAAGAGAGACACAUUGCGAGCCGCAUGAGUUUACGUUUGCACGCAUCUCGGUCGUGCGUGACGUUUCUGCGAGCAGCCGAUUCUCACGUUACGUCCACGAGAGACGUACCCUUCGAUCGCUGAUCAACAACCGCGAUUUCUCCCCGGGCGUGCGAUUCUGCGACUUUCCGGACAUUUCUGCGAAUGUUCCCCCCGAAGAAAUGCGAAAAACGCGUCGCGAGUAUCGUUGUUUGGCGUUUCGCGUGCAUGCCGCUCGACCGGCAGAAUCGAAGACGAAUUGUUGUAAUACGCGCGCGCGCGCAACAAUCACCGAUCGACGCCGCUCGCACUCUCGCAACCGGCAAUAGGCAUAAAAGGCAAGGACACGUUAUGAUUUGUAUCAUUCAACAGAUGUACACUCUCUGUAUCUUUUCUGAAUAAACAGAAAUAAAUUUUUC